AUGGCCUCCACCAAGUCUGUCGCCAGGCUUCUGGCCUAUUCCCGUCCAUCGCCUUUCGCUCUCCGUCCUACCCCCAUCGGCUCCAUCGCAAACUUCUCCUCCUCAGUUGCCCGCGCAGCUACGCCAGCUGGUCCUCCCCAACCGGGCUUCCGCUUGCCUCCUCCGCAGAAAUGGGACCAGUCCUCUGAGUCCGCCCUCGACAAGGCCACCAAGUACUUCCUCAUGGCCGAGCUGAUGCGCGGCAUGUACGUCGUGCUGGAGCAGUUCUUCAGACCUCCCCCGAACCUCGACGGUGGGCCACUCAAGCCCGAUCAUAUCCUCCCAUUACACACCUACUCGCCGUCAAUUGAGCUUUGGCUCCUCUCUCUGCGGGAGCUCCCCCUCGUGGACCCGAACCAUCCGCUAACGCGAAGAGCCCUCGACAGUUACACCAUCAUGUACCCUUUCGAAAAGGGCCCCAUCUCCCCUCGUUUCCGUGGUGAGCACGCCCUGCGUCGCUACCCCACCGGUGAAGAGCGCUGCAUUGCCUGCAAGCUCUGCGAGGCCAUCUGCCCGGCCCAGGCCAUCACCAUCGAAGCCGAGGAGCGUGAGGACGGAAGCCGUCGGACGACCCGUUAUGAUAUCGAUAUGACCAAGUGCAUCUACUGUGGCUACUGCCAGGAGAGUUGCCCCGUGGACGCUAUCGUUGAAACCUCCAACGCUGAAUACGCCACUGAGACCCGUGAGGAGCUGCUGUACAACAAGGAGAAGCUCCUGGCCAAUGGUGACAAGUGGGAGCCUGAGAUUGCCGCUGCCGCCAGAGCCGAUGCUCCUUACCGUUAA